AUGACUUCUACUAAAUCAAUAUUAAGUACAUUGGAAAGACUUAUUCAGCGAAUAAAUAAAAUCACAUUAUGCCAAGAACAUUUGACACUAAUUUCUAUAGCUCUAACUCAACUUCAACAUACAUUAAAUACAACUAAUAUAGAAAAUAAAAAUCGUACAUUUCAAGAUAUAGUACAUACACUAAAAGUCAUCGAUGAAGUUAUUAUUGGUUGUACAGAAAAUGAAGCUGAACUUAAAGGAAUGACCUAUCGAGAUCUUGAAUCUUUAUUACUUCGACUUCAAUUACGACUUGCUCAGCAUAUAGUUGAUUUAACAAAUAACUAUGAAGCAAAAAUUGAAAUACUAACUAAUGCCUGUCAUGAUCAACAAAUUCUUGUUCGAAAAGUUUUUGAUGAAAAAAUAAGAGAAAAAUUAGAUAUAAUAGAAAAAAGAACAGAGGAAAGAACUAUCGAACAACUUCGUCUUUUAUGUGAAAAACAUUUUCAUACAAUCAAAGUUUAUCUUCAUUGUUGUAUUGAACUACACAAAAGUGUACCUGUGACCGGUCUAAAUGGUGAUAUUAUUGCUAAAAUUGCUCAUAAAUUCUAUAAAAUCUCUUCCGAAGAUCAAAGUCAAUUAGAACAUAAAUGGAAAUCAUGUGAUCUUCCUCUCACUCGUACGUUCAUUCAAUUCAAACCUGAUAAAUCUACAUCAUUUGAAAGAAAUCAAUCACGAAAAUUACUUAUUGGAUCAGAAAGUCAAUUAUUUCAAGAUCAUCAUGAUAGAACAGAAAUAUGCGAUGAUAUAUGGCAAAGAUUAGUCUCAACUCCUUACAUGAUGUCAAUGACUGAAAGAGAUCGAUAUUCAAAAGAAGAAGAUGAUGAUGUCACUGAAGAAAAUAUUAUUCGAUCAAAACGUUGGAUUGUUAUUUUAGGUGAUCCAGGAAGUGGAAAAACGAGUUUUAGUCGAUGGCUUGUUUGUCAUCUUGCUCAAACACUUCUUCUUAAUGGACAACAUUCAACUGAUUAUGGUCCACUUCGUAUACCAAUUCUAAUUCGCAUUGGUGAAUUUGCUGAAAUAUUAAAAGAACAAUCAUCAAUCAAUUUAUUUGAUUAUAUUGGGAAACAUAAAUGGAUAGGUAAAUCAAUUGUUAAUGAUUUAUCAAUAUCACUUGAUAAUUUAUCAUGUACUCUUCAAGAUUACAUUAAACAAGGUCAAGCUCUAAUUAUACUUGAUGGUCUUGAUGAAAUUCCUAUUUCAGAUCAACGUUCAAAAAUUAUUAAUCUUGUUGAAAACUUUGUUGAUACUUAUGUACAGACACCUAUGGGUAGUUCUGCUUUCGAUGAUCCAUAUUUGAAUAAACUAUUUGAUAAUCCAUCGAAAUCAGGUGGUAAUCAAUUGAUUGUUACAAGUCGUAUUGUUGGUUAUCAUGUUGCUCCAUUAGCUGGUCAAUUUGCUCAUUAUACAAUUCGACCUAUGAAUAUUGAACAUAUGAAAGAUUUUGUUGACUAUUGGUUUUUUCGUGUUCAUCAACAUAUACUUGAUACUUUAAAUCUUUCAUUAAUUAAUCAAGGAGAGAAUCAUAGUGAAGCACUUAAAAAAGAAUUAGAAAAAAACGAACAUAUUGGACUUGUUGAUGUUGCUUCUAAUUCUUGUUUGAUGUCAUUUAUUUGUUGUGUAGCUUUCAGUCAAUUAGAAAGUUCACCAUUACCUACUCAACGUAUUCUAUUAUAUGAAACAAUUGUUAAUUCUAUGUUAAAUUUAUGGAGUAGUAAAAGAUCGACUAUUCCAAUACAAGAAUUAAUUGAAAUUUUUAGUAAUAUUGCAAGUUAUAUUCAUGGAAAUUCUGCAUCAGGUCUUAUUCAUGAAAAAAAAAUGAAAGAAAUUUGUAUUCAAUCUAUUAAAGAAUCAUUAGAUAAAAAUUCUAAUACUAAAGAAAAUAUUCAAUAUAUUGAAAAUCAAGCAUGUGAAUUUGUACGAAUUAUUCGUGAAGAUAUUGGUAUUUUAGCUGCUCGAGGUGAAUCACUCUAUGGUUUUCUUCAUUUAACAUUCCAAGAAUAUUUUACUUGUUUGAAACUUAUUAAUAUAGAAACUACAAAACAAGAGAAAGAACAGUCUAGUAAAUUUAAUCUACAAAAUAAAGUUCAACUAGUUGCUCAAUCUAUACGAUAUCAUAUAUAUGAUCCACGUUUUCAGGUACCUAUUGCACUUGCUUUAGGUAAGAUUAGUUCUUCUUGGUCUCAAAAAGAUUUUGAUAAUUUUUGUUAUCAGUUGAUAAAAAAUCAAGAUGAAUCUGAUUUUCUUUUACCAUAUGGUGCCUAUAUGUUAAUUAGUUGUAGUAAUGAUCUUGUGAAUUAUCCUUCUCAUGAUGUUUUAUUUGAUGUUUUGGAUUGUUUAAUAAUUGCAGCUGGUCAACAUAAAUGGUCAAUUGUUUGUCCAUUUUUAUUCGAUCAAAUUAUAAUUUCAUUAAAAAAACUUCGACAUGAUAUUGUUUCAUUAUGGAUUAACAAAUUAUUGUCACAAUCUUCUCGACAUAAUAUUCAAACAAUAUCAGCACUUUGUCAUCUUCUUGAAGGAAAAUCUCAUGAAUUUGAAAAUAUAAAAUGGUUAAAUCAAUCAUCUUGUUCAAUACUUCAAUCUUUGUUAAUACUUGAUAAUGAAAAUAAUGGUUUUACUAUUGAUAGACUAUUAGUUAAAAUUACUUUCUUCAAUCAUCGUUUAUUACCUAUCAAUCUAAAUACUUUCAAAGGAUUUCUUCUUGAUCAAGAAAUAGAAUUCAAUUCGAUUCCUUUUAUUUUAUUUCCUAUAAUUAUAAGUUUAUAUGGUGGUUUAAAACGAGAUGAUUCUAAUAUUGUCUUCGAUCCAUUUUAUAUUUAUCGAGAAUCAACUGUUGUGACACCAAUUUUAAUACAUUUUCUUUCCAGAAAUAAUCUAAAUAAACAAAAUGAAAAUAUAACAAUGAUUAAACAAGAAUUUUUAAGAUUAUUAUUGACAAGAAUAGAAAAUCAAAAUGAAUCUUGUGAAACAAUUGAUCUUUGUAUUGUGAUUAUUUGCUUGUAUGGUAUUGAUUAUGUGAAAAACAAUCUGAAAAUUAUUUCUAGUUCUCUUUUGCAUAUGAGUAUACAUAGAUUAAAAUAUAUUUCAAUGAUUUUACGUCAAUUUUAUUUUGCUGGUGAUAGAAAUGAUCCAUUAGAAUCAAAAAAAGUAACAAAUUUUAUUUCGAGCAUAAUCGAAAAAUUUCAAUAUAGCCAAUCAUCAAAACUACAAUAUCUGAAUUUAUUAAAUGCAUUAAGAACUAGUAUGGCUCGUUUACGAUUUUCUGUAACAUCAAUGUUAAUCGAAGGAACAUCAAACUCUUAUGAACGAGUAACCAUAAAUCUACCGAAUUCACUCCGAAAGAACUACAAAUGUCUUGAUUAUAUCUUAUCCAUAGACACACAAUUUUAUUUUGGCCAAAAAUCGUGUUCUUUAAUUGAUUAUUUCACAAGACUUUUCUGGAUAUUAGAAAAUAGUAAUAAAUUCAGCACACGAUAUAGAAUGUCUGUUGCUUUAAACGAAAUCCCAAAAUAUUUACUCUUUCGCAAUGAUGAAGAUUUGUUAUUUUCACUAACAUUUAUUCCUACACAUCUACGAAAUCUCUAUUUGCAGUUAUUGAAAAAAGAAUUUAUUAUGAUUCAUUCGAAAGAUUGUACAGUUAAUAAGAAAGAACAUUUCUUCUUUGGACACAUUUUACUUGAAUGUUUGAUAUUGUUAUCAAAUACAUCAUGCAAAAGACGUUCUCUUAUGGGUGCCUUGAUUACAUUAUUACCUAUGCUUCGUAUGCAUCACUUAGAAAACUUUGGUAGUACUCUUUUAUGGACAUUAGCUACAAAAGAUUCUUGGUAUUUAAGCAACUUUGAAAUUAUAAGACAGCAUCCAAUGAAUUACACAACAGGUAUGUACAUAAAUAAGAAUAAAAAUUUCUAUCCUGGAUAUGAUAUGAGAGAUGAAGAACGAAGAAUAUUGAUUAAAAAAUGUAUUGAACAAGAACAACAGCGACUUCAAAAUGCUUUAGCUGAUUGUAAUAAAAAAUGUAUGGAACUUUAUUCUGCAUGUAUUUCUUUGGCACGCACUUGUAGAUGGACUCAAGAUAAUAAUAGAUUAACUUUAUUGGAACAGAGUGUGCAUGGAGCACUAUCAAUUGAUAAUAAACUUGUUCGACUAGAUGCAUUAUGCAUAAUUGGUCUUUAUUCUGAUUCAGAUCAUAAUCAAAUUAAAACCAAAAAUGGAAUAUCUCUUCAAAAAGAAAUCGAACUUCAAUUACAUGACAUUUAUUCAGACAUAUCUCUACUAUUACAUACAGCUGUUUUUAUUCGAUGUUUACCACUACUUGAAGAUCAACAAACAAUGAACAAAUGUUUACAAAAUCUUUUAGAUAAGUUGAUCAAUGCUCAGCAAAGAGAUCAACAAGUUGUCUAUGAAGCAUUAUUCCCUUAUUUCGAAUCAAAUUUCACUUUUUCUUCAAUCCUAAAACAGAUAUCAAAUAGUUUUGUCAACUAUAAUAAAACAGUCAAUAACAAAUCAUCUGUCAUUAUGGAAUAUAUUAAUGAUAAUUCAAAUGAAAAUUUAUCUAGUACAGUACUUGUUUCCAAUCUUUACCUUGCAGAAUUAACUAGUGACGUGCAAAAACUAAUUGCAAUAGAUGAUCUUUCCAUGAUCAUAUCGCAUUCUAAUCUACCUAUAAUUGAUAAUUCAAUUGCAUCAAGAUUGUUUCAAUUCGAAGGCCCUAUUUUAACAUUCAUACAAGUUUUCACUAUUACAAAUAUUAUUGUUUCUAAUUAUUCAAUAGAAUCAGAAAAGCUUUAUGCUAUUUUAAAUAAUGCAUUACAUUAUUUUGAUUUUGUUGAAUUCAAAGCCUGUCGUUUAUUAGAAUCAUGGAUGAAAUGGAAAAAUUCAAAUAAACUUUCACCAUUUGCUUGGCAUGCUGCACUUAUUUUGGUUAAUUCUGAUUUAUGGUCUGUUGAAGCAGCUAUUAUUGUGUGCGAUCUAUUGUGUAAUGAAAAUGAUCGCUUUCGUCAAAGAGCUGAAAUCAUUUUUCGAUCAGAAAGCGAUGAUCACAUUCGAACAGGUUCAAAUUUGGGUAUCGAUGUUUUACUCGCUUUAGUGACAAGAAAAGCUCAUUAUCAACACAUUUCGCCAUCAGUCAAUCUUACUUUAUAUCGAAUGUUUGAAAACCUAACUGUAGAUAUUGAAUCUCAUUUGGAAACGCUUCUUUGGUUUGAAAGAUACAGAAUUCAUGCGUUGGUAAAUAAAGAAGUUUUUUUAAUCAACCGAAGAUUCUCAUCUAUUUCGCCUAUAUCUUCACAUUUUCGAAAUGAUUUUAGAAUAGACGUGACUUUCUGUGAUGGCAUAAAUAGAAUGUCGAACGAUUUAGUACAUUAUAUGUGUAACCUAAUCACAUCCAACUUUUUACUGUUCUUGGACAUUGAUGGUGACACAACAUCGAAUGGAGUUUUGGAAAGUCAUACUCAAUUUAUUAUUUCAGUGUUUACUUAUUUAAUUUCUCUCAUUCAAUAUAAUAAUGAAGUACGGUCAUUGAUGAUCGAUACGUUGAUGACACUCUUUGAAACAUCAGAAAAUAAUGAAAUUCGUCGAGUAGCAGUGCAUGCUCUAAGUUAUGUGUGUGAUAAAAAUACAUACAAAUUUGUAUUUGCCAAACUUCAAACAGCGGUAGCGGAAAACAACGCAAGUAAAACGCUUGACCAAUCUGAUGAUUCUCUUAGCUCAUUGAUCUCAAGUUAUUGUCAUUGUGUAUCAAUUAACAAUAUUGUUUUUGAUCAAGAUGAUAUGAAUGUAUUUCGUAAGUUACUAAAAUAUUCUUCGCCAAAUGUUUUGAGAGCAGUACAUGUAGGACUCGGUCGGGUUCUACAGAAUACUUCAUUACUAUUUGAAAUGCUUGAUUUGGAUUAUAUUCAAUGCUAUCAUGCCCUUAUGGAAUCAACGGCAUACUUAUUUCUUUAUAAUGUCCGACGAAGUAGUGCAGACACUGCGGCAGCAUUUGUUGAAGAACAUUUCAAUCUUCUACCAAUCAUUGUAGUCAAUUUAUAUAAUAGCGUUCGUCACUUUACAAAUGAAAUACUACAUGUUAGAACAGUGGAUUAUUAUUUAGCGCAUGGAUACCCUCGAUACGUAGAAAUUGCAGGCUUAAUAGCUAUGCAAAUGCCUGCGGCAUUUUGUGCAUAUGUAAACGAUUGGCAAGAUGGAGAUAACCUGAAACGUGCAUUAUUUUAUACUAGUAAACAACAUAAUUUUUCACAACGUGCUGCUUGCUUAACUAUUCUAUCAAUAUUUGGUGAAUUAACAAUAGAACUAUGUGAAAUGUUUAUUGAAGCUUUACGUGAUGAUCCACAUAUACAAAAUACUUGUUACAAAUGCUUGACACGCAUUAAUUUUAUUAAAGAUGAAGAGGCUGUUCUAAAUAAGUUAUUCUUCUAUUUGAAAUCGAAAUCAAUGAAUGUUCGAUAUAUUACAGCUAAAAUUUUUCUUCAUCUUUCUAAAUCUUCUCUCAUUUCAUCGCGUCAAGUUCAAAUAGUAUUGAAUGAUCUUAUUUUAGAUCCUAGCUCAAAUGAGAGUCUUUGGCUGAUUAGAGAUCAAGACCUUGUUCAAGCAGAAUGUGUGUAUAAUUAUGUUGGGCCACUGAAAGAUGUUGUUUAUUCUCUUCUCAUCCAGCAUUUGGCUGGAGAUGCAACUGAAACUAUUCAGAGAAAUGAAUUAAAUGAUAUUGAUGCGAGCUUUGCUGAGUCUGAAACAGCAGCUCGAUUUUCUUCAUGUCUUUAUGAAGCAAAAACUGAAGAAAAUUUACUAUCAAAAUCACCUUCAAAAAAAGUCAACUUAGAUAACUGA